AUGCCGGGUGGGCGCGCCGUCCGCGUGCUGAACGUGGCGGAGAAGCCGUCCGUCGCGCGCGCCGUGGCGGAGAUCCUCGCGCGGUACGGCGGCGGCGGAGUGAGGUCGCGCGAGGGGCGGUCCGUGUACAACCGCAUCUUCGAAUUCACCUACACAAUGAACAACCAGCCGUGUGACAUGGCGAUGACAUCAGUGACGGGGCAUUUGAUGGAGAUGGACUUUCAGGACCCCUUCAGGAAGUGGCACGCCUGCGACCCCCUGCAGCUCUUUGACGCCCCUGUAUACAAGGCCAUUCCGCAGGUGGGAGGGUCUGCUUGGCUGUUUGUUAAAUCCAGGCAUGGGUGGUAUAGGGAUUGGAUAACGGAAUCCUCUUUGUGGAAAUGGCAACCCCUGCAGCUCUUUGACGCGCCCAUGCACAAGGCCAUACCGCUGGACAAGGUGGCACUGGAGGUGUUGCCUUGUCUUCCAAGUUUCCAUCAUCACCUGCCAUCCCCCUCCACCACCCCGUUCCCCCAUUCAUCUGACAAGGCGGCACUGGAGGUGACGUUGAGGGAGGAGGCGAGGCGCAGCGAGCAACUGGUGUUGUGGCUGGACUGUGACCGGGAGGGCGAGAACAUCGCCUAUGAGGUCAUGCAGAACUUAGGCCGCCCGAACUCCAACUUCGCAGACGCUGUUGACGCUCGGCAGGUAGUGGAUGGGCGGGUAGUUGAUGGGCGGCAGGUGGUUGAUGGGCGGCAGGUGGUUGAUGGGCGGCAGGCGGUUGAUGGGCGGCAGGUGGUUGAUGGGCGGCAGGUGGUUGAUGGGCGGCAGGUGGUUGAUGGGCGGCAGGUGGUUGAUGGGCGGCAGGUGGAGAUAGAUCUGCGCAUAGGGGCGUCCUUCACGCGCUUCCAGACCAUGCUGCUGCAGAACCGCUUCGACCUGCCCUCGCCCUCCGCCGACCGCAAGCCCGUCAUCAGCUAUGGACCCUGCCAGGUGGGACCUGUGGGCAGGUGGGACCUGGGCAGGUGGGACCUGGGCAGAUGGGACCUGGGCAGGUGGGACCUGGGCAGGUGGGACCUGGACAGGUGGGGUCUGGACAGGUGGGACCUGGACAGGCGGGGUCUGGACAGGUGGGAUCUGGACAUUUGGUACGUGCACUGCACCGACGAUAAAUGUCCAGUAGCUGUGCUCUCCUGCCCCUCCUGCCCCGCAUCUUCCCUCUGUUCUCUCCCAAUCCCUCUCAUUCGUCCUCCUCCCCUUCUUCCGUCCUCCUCUUCCAUCUCCCCUCUCCUCCCCGCCAGUUCCCCUCCCCACGCUGGGCUCUGUGGUGGAGCUCUUUUGGGGCAUACUGGCGCACGAGACGAGACUAGAGGAGUCUUUCUUCCUUCUCCUUGUUCUGUCUGCCUACCUGUCCCUUACUUACCUGCGUUUUUAGCUCCUCAUCCCUCCUUCAUCCGCCAGUUCCCCACGCUGGGCUUCGUGGUGGAGCGCUAUUGGGACAUACUGGCACACGUGGAGGAGCCUUUCUGGGCCAUCCACUGCCGACACGUGCAGCACUCGCCGCCCCCCGCCACCUCCGCUGAAUUCUCCUGGCAGAGGGGCCGUCUGUUCGACCACCACAUUGCUGCCACGCUCUUUGAAAUGUGCCUCGAUAACCCUGUUGCCACUGUGAUGGAAGUGGCAGGCAGUGAGCGGUGCAAGUUCCCGCCCUUCCCGCUCAACACAGUGGAACUGCAGAAGCGAGCCUCGAGGUUCCUGCGCAUGGCAUCAGAGCACACCAUGAAGAUAGCAGAGGAGCUGUACCAGCAGGGCUUCAUGAGCUACCCUCGCACUGAGACUGACAGCUUCCCUCCAUCCAUGGACCUUCAGGUCCUGGUAUCAGAGCAGGCCAGCAACAGCGCAUGGGGAGACUACGCACAGCGAUUGCUGGACCCAGCAGCCAAUCUGUGGAGGACACCUGGCAGCGGCGGGCACGAUGACAAGGCGCACCCCCCCAUCCACCCCACCAGGGCGUCGCCACAUGGCGAGCCCAACUGGAGCCAGGAUCACAAGCGCCUGUAUGAGCUCGUGGUGAGGCACUUCCUGGCGACGGUAUCGCAGCCAGCAGUGGGUUUUGAGACGAUCGUGACCGUUGAUAUCGCGGGGGAGGCGUUCAGUGCACGCGGGCUCAUGAUCACAGCGCGCAACUACCUGGACGUGUACCGCUACGACUCCUGGGGCGCACACACGCUGCCAGCCUUCCAGACCGGCCAGCAGUUCACCCCCACGGACCUCGAGCUCAGGUCCGGACGCACCGAGCCUCCGCCGCUGCUCUCCGAAGCUGACCUGCUGGGGCUGAUGGACAAGGCGGGCAUCGGAACGGACGCAACGAUGCAUGACCAUAUCAAGAAGCUGCUGGACCGCUGCUAUGCCACCAAGGACGCCAACAUCCGCUUCAAACCCACGCCUCUUGGCGAGGCACUGGUUUUGGGGUACGACAACAUGGGGUACGAGCUGUGGAAGCCGCACCUGAGAGCACUGAUGGAGAGAGACAUGCGGCUGGUCAGUGAGGGGCGCAAGAGCAAGGCGCAGGUGCUGGCCGACACGCUCCGAGCCACCAAGGCUGCUUUCGUGGACGUGAGUGCCGUCUAG